UACAUGUAUAGAGCUGUCAAAUUAGCCACAUGAAUUUGGAGCUAUGAAGUCAGUGAAACCGAAGUGUUUGUACUAAAUGUGUAAAAAAUACGAAUGGUUGAUUCUAUGUUUUUAUUGAAUUUGAAUGGGAAAAAACCCAGAUAAGAAUCUAGGUGGUGGUGAUAAAAAAAUAAGUAAUAUUCCUUUGCAAUAAAAAAAAUAAUAAUUCAAGAAUGAUAUUCAAAACGUGAGAAUCGAAUCGAUUGUACAAAUCAACGCAAAGCGACAAAAACCGAGCGAAUAAGAUGGGCGGCAUAAUUUGGUCAGAAGUUUUUCCAACAAAAACAGCACUAUGCAUUUUCGUCGCCUAUAUGAGUUUGUUCAUCAGUCAAGGUAUUUUGGUGACGGCCUCACAAGAUGAAUCCAGUAAUUACAGUUAUAAUACAAUUUGUGUGGUUUUAAUCACUGAACUGGUUAAAUUAAUUGCAUCGGUUGGAUUAUAUUGUAGAAGUGAUCCGGCUACAAAGUUAGUUAAGGAAACAAUUGACAACAAGCAUUUGCUAUUGCUAUACUUCAUACCGUCACUUUUGUAUUGUAUCUACAAUAAUUUAACAUUUAAAAAUUUAUCAACAUUCGAUCCAACGACAUACUAUUUACUGCUUCAAUUUCGAGUUGUAAUAACGGGAGUUUUAUUUCAGGUGAUAUUCCACAAGAUAUUAACACGACGACAAUGGUUUUCAUUGCUAUUAUUGACGCUUGGAUGCAUGGUGAAGCAGUUAAAUUUCGGUGAUAUGUUCAGCAAUACUAGCAACACAAGUGUAUCGAUGACAAUGACAAAAACCGAUGUGAUAAACACAAACAACGCGAAGAAUGCCACUUUUUCGAACAAAAAUACAACUGGAUUUGAUCUCAGCAUAGAUGCCGUUUAUAUUUUUAUUCAAUUGAUAUGCUCAUGUUUGGCUGGCGUGUACAAUGAAUAUUUACUGAAAAAUGUUGGCGCUCGCGUUAAUAUUUACGUACAAAAUGUAUUUAUGUACGUUGAUUCAAUCGUAUGUAACGUAGUAUUAUUAAUACUUCAGGGAAAUUCAAUGGAUGCCAUUAAUAUGGCCAAUUUAAAAACCGUGUUCACGUUCAAUGUGAUUAUUAUAAUUUUAAAUAAUGCGGCGAUUGGAAUUGUUACCAGUUUCUUUUUGCGUUACUUAAAUUCAAUUCUUAAAACAUUUGCCAGUGCCUUAGAACUAUUAUUCACCGCAAUUUUAUGCUAUCUAUUAUUUAAUAUUCCAAUUCAUACGAAUACAACAAUAUCAAUAGCUGUUGUCUCGUUUGCCAUCUAUUUCUAUUCAUUGAGUCCCGUUAUAAACAAUAUUACAAACAACAAACGAACAAAAGAACACGAUGAAUGCCCACAUGAAAGCGUCGAACUAUUAAAGGACAAUCAUGACAUCGUGUAAAAAAAGUGUGUUUGAACAACAACUAAGACAACUAUGGCUAUACAACAAAUUUGGUGCUUUAAUUGAGAGUCAGACUCUAUCAGUAUAAGUUUCUUUGACGCAAAUAUUCAGAUUAUUUGGACCAGUUUUUAUUCAGUGAUAUGUAUACAUUUUAAGUGGUUUUUAUCGGCCACUGAACUAUCUUUUAAAGAGACAAAGGAUAAUAUCCAAACAAAGUAAUGAUUCAAUGUGUGUGUGCGUUUGGGAUAUUCAUCUUACACGAAGCGUGAAUGUGUGUUAUUUUUCGUAUUUGUUAAUUUUUUUUGCGUCACAAAAAAUGCUUUUUUUUUAAUUUCUUUAAUUUUUGUUAUUUGCAUUGUACUUGCCCAAAAGAUGUAUCACAAAAAAUAAUCUAUUUAUUUCAAUAGACAGCCUAAUGAAAACUACUAUUUAAUUACAAACUUAUUGGUUUUGUAGUAAAAUAAGUGAACCAGUCAACCAUAAACAACGAACGGGAAAAAAAAAUUCGGACAUUGUGCUAAGAUAUGUUCAGCCAACAAAAAUAUGGCAUGUGUUGAGGUCAGUUCCUAUUUGUUUAAAAGUGAAUGAGAGGAUAUUUUGUUUCACUUCUGUGAAUUAAUGUGGUGGUUAGUCCUCUAUUUCACUCGCAUGAAAAACGGGACUGAACUCAGCCACAUGUGAUAUUCCAACUGAUAAGGAACACAUUUGUACAAUAUCUAAUUAAUGAUUUUUCAGCCACAUGGAUUUCUUUCAUAAAAUUCAGGUGAAAAAUGCACUUCAAACUAAAUCAAUAAAUCACAAUUUCUGGUUAUCGUUUUUUAAA